UCCGGGAACUGGAGUGCGGGCUGGCCCCGGGCUGUCCGAGUCCCGUAGGGAGUGGGCGGGUCAGCCUGUCGGAGGCCUCCACUGCGGCCACGGCUUGAGGUUCUUCGGCGGCCGGCCGCACUCGCGCCCGAAGAUGUGAGUGGUGGCUGCCUCCGGGAGGAUGCUCGCUUUGCUGGGAGCCACGGCCCUGGUGCUGGUGACCGGGGCGUUGUGGGGGUCACCCGCCGCCGCAGAUGGAAAAAGUCUAAAACCUCCUCAGGAUGUAGAGGUCUCCAUCAUAGAUGAUGACUUUACCUUGAAGUGGACCUGGAGCCGUGAGUCCAACAGGACUGUGACUUUUUCAGCAGAUUAUAUAGCAUCAGAAAUGGAUAAUUGGAUAAAAUUGCCUGGAUGUCAACAUAUCACAGGUUCAAAAUGCAACUUCUUUCUACAUGAGGUAAAUUUUUAUGAAGAAAUUAAAUUGCGUGUAAGAGCAGAAGAAGAAAAUAGCACUUCUUUGUGGUAUUAUGUCAACUCGUUUAUACCAUUUCAGAAAGCUCGUCUUGGUCCUCCAGAAGUACAUUUAGAAGCUGAAGAUACAGCAAUAACAAUAUACCUCUUUCGUCCUGGAAAAAAAGAUAAUGCUUCCAUAUGGGAUAUGGCUGCUGUAAGCUUUACAUUCAGCUUAGAAUUCUGGAAAAACUCAUCACAUGUAGAAGAACUGGAACAGAUUGAAACUGAGCAUUACACACAAAAAAUUUAUAACCUCUCGCCAGAGACGACUUACUGUGUAAAAGCUAAAGCAAAACUACCUUGGGACAGGAAAGUUGGUGUUUAUAGUCCGGUGUAUUGUAUAAAUACCACAGUUGAACAUAAGCUACCUCCACCAGAAAAUGUAAAAUUUCGUGCUCAGAAUCAGAGCUAUGUUCUGAAAUGGGAUUAUGAAGACAUAAAUGUGACCUUUCGAGCUCAGUGGCUCCAUGCCUUUUCAAAAGUGAGUCCUGGGGACAAUUCAAAUAAAUGGAAACAAAUACCUAACUGUGAAAAUGUCAGAACUACAUAUUGUAUAUUUCCUCAAAAUGUUUUCCAAAAAGAAAAAUACUUUUUCCGCAUACAAGCAUAUGAUGGAAACAACACAUCUUUUUGGUCUGAAGAGAAAGCAAUUAAUACUGAAAUGUACUCUACCAUACCUCCUCCAGUCAUUUCCAUGAAAUCCACUAGUAAUUCGCUGCGUGUGUUUGUCAAAAUGCCCAGGAACCAGUUUUACCCAUUCAUUUAUGAAAUUAUUUUGUGGGAAAACACUUCAAGUACUAAGAGAAAAAUAGUAAGAGAAAAAUCUGAUAUUACUAUCUCUGACAUGCAACCACUGAUGCUAUAUUGCGUCAAAGCCAGAGUGCACCUUCUGCAGGACAAGUGGAACAAAACCAGUGCUUUCAGUGCUGUGGUGUGUGAGAAAACAAAGCCAGGGACUUCUUCUACCAUGUGGGUAACACUUGGAAUUUGUGUCCUACUAGUAAUAAUAGUAAUCAUUUGUGUUAAAAGAUGUCUCAGCUAUGUGUUUUUUCCGGCACUUAAAACUCCUGGCAGUAUUGAGUAUUUCUCUGAACAAUCACUUGGAAAUCUUCUACUUCCCACUUCUGAGGAACAAACUGAAAAAUGUUUCAUAAUUGAAAAUACACAAAGGGUUAUCAUAGCAGAGGAGACUGAGGAAACUGAUGAAGACUGCAAGUACAAUACCCAGACUAGUCAAGAUUCAGGAAACUAUUCUAAUGGAGAGGAAAGUCUGGAAAGUCAAAUAAGUGAAGUACUUUUGCAACUGAAAGUCCUGUCUGUGGGAAGGACCUCCCAAGAUCUCAGUUGCCCUGGGGAGAUUGCCCUAGGCCUGAGCUGUCAAGGACUAUGCCAAGGCUAUUCUCUUGUAGAGGAAGGAAGACCAGCUGCAGGUCACAGAUCCUGAUGGUACAGGUAAGCACCAGUCUCACAGUGUAGUCAGAGGGAUCUGGAACAAAGUGUUUCACCUUCUCAUCAGUGGGCUAUCUCUGACGAGUCAACUCUGAGCACGGCCACCAUCCUUCCAGUGAUGGCUUCAACACCACUUGCUAUGUUCUGUGGCUACAGUGAGUAUGUGGGCUCCUUCAGGUAAUUCUGUCACACAGCUGCUGGUUUUUUUUGUUCUCCAUUCCUGAGACUCUGUGUCAUUUUGUAGGAGACACUUAGGAUAGCUGGUCCUUUAUUAACAUUGAGGUGGGCCCCUGAGAAAUUUAUUUUGAAAAAUCUGAGUAUCAUCAUCAACUUGGUUAUCUGCUAAGCAGCCACAGAUGCUGGGAAAGUGAUAAUUAAAAAUGUGAGAACAAGGGCUGGCCAGAUAGCCCAGAAGACUGAAGUGCCUGCUUAGGCAGAGUACAGUGGCCAGAGUUCAAUCCCC